AUGGCCAAUCGUCAACCGAGUUCCCAGGUUGAGGACCAGGACUCCCAGCCCAGCUCCUCAGGGUACCCCCUGGAGGUGACUGUCAACGAAGAAAGCCCAGGACCGUCAGCCCCCUGGGCCGGCUGCAGCUCCCCGCCUCAGCGCCCUGGCUCUAAGAGGAAGAGGUCAGUGGCGUUCAGAGAGGAGGAGGAGGAGGGCGAGCCGGCCACUGAGGCCCAGGACACCUGGGUCGUGGAGUCGCUGAGUGGGCUCAAGAUGAAGCUCAAGCGACAGCGGGUGUCUUCAGUGCUGCCUGAGCACCACGAGGUCUUCAACAGGAUGCUCGAGGAUCCCGUCAUUAGGAAAUUCCUCGCCUGGGACAAAAACCUGCAAGUAUCUGACAAGUAUCUCCUGUCGAUGGUGAUAGCUUAUUUCAGCCGGGCCGGGCUCUUCUCCUGGCAAUUCCAGAGAAUCCAUUUCUUUAUAGCUCUCUAUGUGGCCAACGACAUGGAAGAGGACAACCAGGCCCCCAAACAGGCCAUCUUUUCGUUCCUCUAUGGAAAGAACCGCUCCCAGCGUCCCUUGUUCCACAAACUGCGUCUCCAGUUCAUCCGUUCCAUGGGCUGGAACGCUAGGGUCACUCGGGAAGAGUGCGAGCAGGCCGUGGAAAAGGAAUGCGAGCGAGGGGGAGAGUCCAGCAGGGAGAGGACAGCGCACCUGCUGGGAAGCGUUGCCCCGCAGCUCGGAGAAGGGACGACCACUUGUGUUUUGCCCAAGUCCAGAAGAAGAGUUGGGACAAAGCAGAGUCUAGGCGUCGAGGAAGGGAAGAGUUUGGGAGAAAUCAUGGCCAAUCGUCAACCGAGUUCCCAGGUUGAGGACCAGGACUCCCAGCCCAGCUCCUCAGGGUACCCCCUGGAGGUGACUGUCAACGAAGAAAGCCCAGGACCGUCAGCCCCCUGGGCCGGCUGCAGCUCCCCGCCUCAGCGCCCUGGCUCUAAGAGGAAGAGGUCAGUGGCGUUCAGAGAGGAGGAGGAGGAGGGCGAGCCGGCCACUGAGGCCCAGGACACCUGGGUCGUGGAGUCGCUGAGUGGGCUCAAGAUGAAGCUCAAGCGACAGCGGGUGUCUUCAGUGCUGCCUGAGCACCACGAGGUCUUCAACAGGAUGCUCGAGGAUCCCGUCAUUAGGAAAUUCCUCGCCUGGGACAAAAACCUGCAAGUAUCUGACAAGUAUCUCCUGUCGAUGGUGAUAGCUUAUUUCAGCCGGGCCGGGCUCUUCUCCUGGCAAUUCCAGAGAAUCCAUUUCUUUAUAGCUCUCUAUGUGGCCAACGACAUGGAAGAGGACAACCAGGCCCCCAAACAGGCCAUCUUUUCGUUCCUCUAUGGAAAGAACCGCUCCCAGCGUCCCUUGUUCCACAAACUGCGUCUCCAGUUCAUCCGUUCCAUGGGCUGGAACGCUAGGGUCACUCGGGAAGAGUGCGAGCAGGCCGUGGAAAAGGAAUGCGAGCGAGGGGGAGAGUCCAGCAGGGAGAGGACAGCGCACCUGCUGGGAAGCGUUGCCCCGCAGCUCGGAGAAGGGACGACCACUUGUGUUUUGCCCAAGUCCAGAAGAAGAGUUGGGACAAAGCAGAGUCUAGGCGUCGAGGAAGGGAAGAGUUUGGGAGAAAUCAUGGCCAAUCGUCAACCGAGUUCCCAGGUUGAGGACCAGGACUCCCAGCCCAGCUCCUCAGGGUACCCCCUGGAGGUGACUGUCAACGAAGAAAGCCCAGGACCGUCAGCCCCCUGGGCCGGCUGCAGCUCCCCGCCUCAGCGCCCUGGCUCUAAGAGGAAGAGGUCAGUGGCGUUCAGAGAGGAGGAGGAGGAGGGCGAGCCGGCCACUGAGGCCCAGGACACCUGGGUCGUGGAGUCGCUGAGUGGGCUCAAGAUGAAGCUCAAGCGACAGCGGGUGUCUUCAGUGCUGCCUCAGCACCACGAGGUCUUCACCAGGAUGCUCGAGGAUCCCGUCAUUAGGAAAUUCCUCGCCUGGGACAAAAACCUGCAAGUAUCUGACAAGUAUCUCCUGUCGAUGGUGAUAGCUUAUUUCAGCCGGGCCGGGCUCUUCUCCUGGCAAUUCCAGAGAAUCCAUUUCUUUAUAGCUCUCUAUGUGGCCAACGACAUGGAAGAGGACAACCAGGCCCCCAAACAGGCCAUCUUUUCGUUCCUCUAUGGAAAGAACCGCUCCCAGCGUCCCUUGUUCCACAAACUGCGUCUCCAGUUCAUCCGUUCCAUGGGCUGGAACGCUAGGGUCACUCGGGAAGAGUGCGAGCAGAUCCAGGCUUUUGAUCCAGAGCUCUGGGUGUGGGGAAGAGAUCGCGCCCUCUUAUCACAGAGCCCAGGAGAGAUGAGGAUGUUGCACAGGAGGUCAAUCCACACGCUGACGACAGCCGCCGUGGAAAAGGAAUGCGAGCGAGGGGGAGAGUCCAGCAGGGAGAGGACAGCGCACCUGCUGGGAAGCGUUGCCCCGCAGCUCGGAGAAGGGACGACCACUUGUGUUUUGCCCAAGUCCAGAAGAAGAGUUGGGACAAAGCAGAGUCUAGGCGUCGAGGAAGGGAAGAGUUUGGGAGAAAUCAUGGCCAAUCGUCAACCGAGUUCCCAGGUUGAGGACCAGGACUCCCAGCCCAGCUCCUCAGGGUACCCCCUGGAGGUGACUGUCAACGAAGAAAGCCCAGGACCGUCAGCCCCCUGGGCCGGCUGCAGCUCCCCGCCUCAGCGCCCUGGCUCUAAGAGGAAGAGGUCAGUGGCGUUCAGAGAGGAGGAGGAGGAGGGCGAGCCGGCCACUGAGGCCCAGGACACCUGGGUCGUGGAGUCGCUGAGUGGGCUCAAGAUGAAGCUCAAGCGACAGCGGGUGUCUUCAGUGCUGCCUCAGCACCACGAGGUCUUCACCAGGAUGCUCGCCCCCUGGGCCGGCUGCAGCUCCCCGCCUCAGCGCCCUGGCUCUAAGAGGAAGAGGUCAGUGGCGUUCAGAGAGGAGGAGGAGGAGGGCGAGCCGGCCACUGAGGCCCAGGACACCUGGGUCGUGGAGUCGCUGAGUGGGCUCAAGAUGAAGCUCAAGCGACAGCGGGUGUCUUCAGUGCUGCCUCAGCACCACGAGGUCUUCACCAGGAUGCUCGAGGAUCCCGUCAUUAGGAAAUUCCUCGCCUGGGACAAAAACCUGCAAGUAUCUGACAAGUAUCUCCUGUCGAUGGUGAUAGCUUAUUUCAGCCGGGCCGGGCUCUUCUCCUGGCAAUUCCAGAGAAUCCAUUUCUUUAUAGCUCUCUAUGUGGCCAACGACAUGGAAGAGGACAACCAGGCCCCCAAACAGGCCAUCUUUUCGUUCCUCUAUGGAAAGAACCGCUCCCAGCGUCCCUUGUUCCACAAACUGCGUCUCCAGUUCAUCCGUUCCAUGGGCUGGAACGCUAGGGUCACUCGGGAAGAGUGCGAGCAGAUCCAGGCUUUUGAUCCAGAGCUCUGGGUGUGGGGAAGAGAUCGCGCCCUCUUGCCCUAGAGGUCCCAGGACCACGCAGGCCUGAGGUC